AUGGCGACAACUCCUCAGCUCACCCGGACCGAGACGGUCAGCCUCGCCGCCCUCUCAGCCGCAUGUGGCACCAUCUUGGCCAACACCUUCCGCGGCGAGGGCGAGCCCCUGAUCGCAUCUCUCGCCCUGAGCGGCAUGGCCUACGCCGCCGCGUACGCCAUGAUACGCUGGCUGGGGCCGACCUUCAUCAAGGCCGGGCUCAAGGGCGUUGACAUGUCCAAGACCAACAGGAGGGAGAUCCCCGAAUGCGCCGGCGCCAUUUGCGCCGUCGUCUACCUGCUCGCCAUCAUCGUCUUCGCACCUUUCCCCUUCUACAAGGACAUCGUUGCUGCCACCAGCGGCGGCGGGAACAGGGACGUGGUCCUGCACGCCGAGCACGUCCACGAGGGCCGUUUCUUGCACAAGUUCCCUCACAGCAAGCUUGCGUCCUUCCUCUCCGCGAUACUCUCGCUCCAGGCCAUCACCAUCCUCGGCAUCGGCGACGACCUCUUUGACAUCCGCUGGCGGCACAAGUUCUUCAUCCCCGCCUUCGCCUCGAUCCCCCUCCUGAUCGUCUACUUUGUCGAUUUUGGUGUUACCUCCAUCGUCCUCCCCAUCCCACUCCAGUCCCUCGUGGGCAAGGAGCUUAUCGACCUCGGGGUGUUCUACUACAUCUACAUGGCGGCCUGUGCCAUUUUCUGCCCCAACUCGAUCAACAUACUGGCUGGCAUCAACGGGAUCGAAGUCAUGCAGUCCAUCGUCAUCGCGCUGCUCCUGGUCCUCAACGACGCUCUCUACCUCACGACCGCGUACCCACAUCCCGCAGUGGACAGCCAUUUGUUCAGCUUGUACUUCCUCCUGCCCUUCCUGGGCGUGAGCCUCGCGCUCUUCGCGCACAACAAGUACCCGGCGCGCGUCUUCGUCGGGGACACGUACUGCUACUUCGCGGGCAUGGUCUUCGUCGUCGUCAGCGUCCUGGGCCACUUCAGCAAGACCCUCAUGCUGCUGCUGAUCCCGCAGGUCGGCAACUUCCUCUACUCGGCGCCCCAGCUGUUCCACAUCAUCCCCUGCCCGCGCCACCGGCUGCCCAGGUUCAACUCGCGGACGGGCCUGCUCGAGCCCUCGGUCACGCCCUGGACCCCGGAGAGGCAGCCCUCGAGGCCCGUCGCCGCCGCCAUCCGCCUGCUGGAGCAGCUGCGCCUGCUCAAGGUCGUCACCCGCGCCGACAAGGAGACGGGCGAGGAGCGCUUCGAGGAGACCAGCAACCUGACCAUCCUGAACCUGUGGCUCGUCUGGCGCGGGCCCCUCCGUGAGGACCGCCUCGCCUGGGAGCUCACCGCCUUCCAGGUCGUCUGUGGCCUCUUCGGCCUUUUUGUUCGCCAUAAGCUUGCUCUACUAGUCUUUAAAGAAGACAACUGGGGCGUUGCCGUCUGA